UCAUCAUUCAUAAACCUCAAAAAAAAAAAACAAAACCCAUCUGAUCUUAAGACUUAAAAGUUAAAUCCUUUAAUCUCUCUCUGAAAAUGGAUUCCUCAGAUGAAUUCUUAACCAUAGAAUUCAUCACCCAAUUUCUAUUGGGAGAUUUCUCAGAUCAUCAAACAGACUCCCCCUUCCUCCACCCCAUCAAACUGGAAGAUUUCUUCUUCGAUUCCCCAAUUCCGCCGCUACCGCCGCCGCCAGAGAUCUCCGGCAACGACACGAAGCCGGGCAAAGUUGUAGACCCAUCGACGCUGCCUGAUCAUCGUCCCGACAUGUCGACACAGGCCUGCGGGGCCGAGACGAAAGUCGCCGUGGUAGAGGCGAGUGGCGGAAAGGGGCGGAGGCAUUUCCGGGGAGUACGGCGACGGCCAUGGGGUAAAUUCGCGGCGGAGAUUCGUGACCCGACCCGGAAAGGGAGCCGGGUCUGGUUGGGGACUUACGACAGUGACAUAGACGCGGCUAAGGCUUAUGACUGUGCGGCGUUCAGGCUGAGAGGGAGGAAAGCCAUUCUGAAUUUUCCAUUGGAGGCCGGAGAACCUGACCCGCCGGCGGCGGCUGACCGGAAAAGGGGGAGGGGGCAGAAAUGGAGAAAUAUUCCGAAGGCAUUGAUGGCAACAAACGAAAAGUGAAUGCUAAUAAUUGAUGGGAAAUUAAAUUGAAAACAAUAAUCAGAUAUGAACUAUCUUUUGUGAUUGGGUUAAGUUAAAUGUUUCUUUUCUUUUUUUUUAUGUUAGUAUAACUUUGAGGUUGGGACCAAACUUUCAACCUCGUUAAGAAAUGUCAAACUAAUUAACGUUAAGCUAAGUUUAGUAAUUAAAUCUAAAACCUAAUUUCCUAGCUAAUUUUAUGUAAAUAUCGAGUUGUUACUUGUAUUCUAUGGUCUAUGACCCAAAUAAGAAAAAUAAAAUAAAAGUGUUAAAGUUUUUCACCUCUAAA